GAGAAAGACUUUCCACAAGUGUUCCAGUCUACAGGUUUAACCAAAAAUGUGUUCAAUGUUCAUAGCCUACUUGUAAAACGAGGUCUGCCUGAUCGAUCACAGUUUUCGUAAAAAAUGCCAAUGUCAAACGUAACAAUGCUGCAUCAAAACAACCGUUCUUUCGGUGAAAUUAUUUAGGCCAUACUGAAAAGUGUAGUGGCCACAGUGCUUUCCAGUUUCGGAUAACCCAAUCAGUAGUUGUGCAAAAAUUUGCCCCAGUAGAACAAUGCUACCUCGGCGGGACAAUAUCGUGAAAUCUGCCAAACCCACUAACAAACGCAAGUCGUCCAGCGAAGAUGAAAGCUGCGAGGAGGGAACGACUACUUCCGGUACAAUGGACGGAUCUAGCUCGAGCUCGGGUUCGGACUCGGAAAUGGAUACCACGGAGACAUCGUUUUCCUCGAAAAGUGCCGUGGAGUGUGUCGGAAGUAGCAAACAGCAAGGAUUGCUGAAAGUUAACCACAGGUCGUAUGCUGUGUUUUGCGAUGCGGGUAAAAAUUCCAAAAGUUUCUGCAGCAGUGGGAACACCGAGCCGCCUGACGAUGUACGGAAAGAUCCGAAUCACAAUAGAAAAGAAAAUCUCACCAGUAACGACCAAGUUGUACAAAAAAGAAAUAAGAAAUCGAAGAGAAUACCACCAAUCAGUAUUUGCAUAUUGAACAGCCGCUACGAGAUAAUCCCAAGAAUUUGUCGUAGACUUGGAUACCGGCUGGUCAGCGAGAACGAGCACUGGAACGUUUGCUGGACGGAUUCCCUAGUCGGUGUCGACUUUUGUCGGGAUAUGCGACGCUUCCAGAAAAUCAAUCACUUCCCGGGCAUGUUCGAGAUCUGCCGGAAGGAUCUACUGGCGCGGAAUUUGAAUCGGAUGCUGAAGAUGUUUCCGACCGAGUACCAGAUCUUCCCGAAGACUUGGGUCUUCCCGGCUGAUUUGGGUGAAGCUAUCGCCUACAGCAGGACGCAUCGAAGUAAGACGUACAUCUUGAAGCCGGAUCAGGGUUCGCAAGGUAGGGGGAUAUAUCUGACGAAGAAUUUGAAAGAGAUCAAUCCCCGGGAUCGAAUGAUUUGUCAGGUGUACAUUCACAGGCCAUUGCUAAUCGAUGGGUUUAAGUUUGAUCUACGAGUCUACACGUUGGUCACUUCAACAGACCCGCUCCGAAUAUUCGUGUACAAGGAAGGCCUAGCUCGAUUUGCAACUAACAAAUACCGGGAACCCUGCAUUACUAAUACCUCCAAUAAUUUUAUGCACCUCACGAAUUAUUCAGUUAACAAGUACAACCGGUGUUUUUCCAACGAUGACGAAGCGGGCAGCAAACGAAGGUUCGCCACCCUUAAUCGAAUCCUCACCUCGGAAGGGUACGACAUUGCGGAGUUGUGGAGCAACAUUGACGACGUAAUUGUCAAAACUAUUCUCAGUGCGUGGCAAGUGCUAAGACAUACGUAUCAAGCGAGCUUUCCAACGCACGAUAUCAUCCAGGCAUGUUUCGAGAUUCUAGGGUUCGACAUUCUGAUUGAUGCAAAGCUUAAGCCCUACAUUCUGGAGGUAAAUCAUUCUCCAUCGUUUCACACCGACGAAGCUAUUGAUCGGGAAAUCAAGGAAGCAUUAAUUCAUGAUACCUUCGUGAUGCUGAAAUUAAACGGGGAGGUUAAAAAACGUGUGCUCGAGGAGGACAAACGGCGAAUUCAGAAUAGACUUUUGCAAAGACUGCGGGAAUAUUCCAAGUCCAAGGAAACUAGCAAGGAAAGCAGUAGCGAUAGUAAAAACGGAGACGACGAUGACCCCAACUCGGAGGAUCGAAUGGGACCAUGGGCCGAACAAAUCAAUUGGGAAGAAACGCACCUGGGGGGUUUCCGACGAAUACUGCCAGCUCCUGGUGAUCCAGAUCGGUAUGCGCAUGUCUUCCUAGCGCAGACACAAGCCUCAGUUUACAAUGAAACUGCCGCCAGUAAAAAGCGAGAAGAGUGUGCCAAACAGCAACGGAUCGAACUUGAGGAACGUUUCAAACUCAAUCAAGCAAUGCUUCAUAAAGGCAUUCCGAAAGGACAGAUAAAUGUGAAGACGCUAUGUGCAGGCGAGGACGGAGCGCUGUCGGCAAUGAAAAAAAAGUCGAAAAAGCGGAAGCCAAAAGUAAUCAAGAAACGUGACGAAUACAGUCCGGACUUCAUUGUCGAUUAUGAAGAGCGCGAGCGAAUGGCACUUCUAGCACAGAGAGAUUUCCUAAUCCGAACCUGUGGACUAGUACAAAACAUAUAUUUGAAUUUCAACCGAAACAAAAUACUGACUAUGUCCGAUCAACGCAAAUAUAAGGAGCUAUUCGCCAAGCUGCUAACAAACGAUUUGCUCCAGCAGGAACAAUCCAACUCAUCAAGCAAUACUUCGAGUCUUCCGGUUCUUCCGAGCCAUAACGCUGGUAACGCUUCCUUCGGAACCAAUCAAAAGCUACACCUAAAAAGUUUGGUCACCAUUAACGAUACCGCCUCGUGGAUGAAAGUUACAGAAAUGCAACAACCCAGUAGACCACCGUUACCGUAUCUUCUAGCGUCACAGCCAACGAACUAUCGCAGCACCAAGACAACCAUGGCACGCCAGGUCACUAAUGUGGUGAAAAGGCACAACAUAGACACUAGGCAGAUGUAUUCGGCCUCCGACAAAGUCAUCUAGUAUUGAGUUUGGGCGUGUAGUGUUCACGUGCUAGCUAUUCGCUCAAUGAUUUGAACGCAGGUGUGCA